AUGGACCUUGUCCCUUAUUCUGAUCCUAACUCUACCACCGCCACCCCGCCGUGGUAUGACAUGUUCCGAUCCGCCUCCCUCCGAAAGCCCUCCCAAGAUCCUGCGCCGCCGCCGCCGAAUGUUGAACAAAAAGUCAACCCCUCCGGCGACUCUCAGGCGCGCCUCGCCCUCUACAUAGCCAUGGCCCACGCCGGGCUCGCCUUCGCCAUCCUCAUCCUCUUCUCUCUCUACAAACUCCUCCAACAGUACCUCAAACCCCUCCAAUGGGCCAUCCUAUGCUCCAUCCCUCUCAGACUCAUUCACCAAACCAUCGUUUCCUUUUGGUCUCACCCUCUCAAACUAGGCCUCCUCCACACCAUCCUCGCCCUUCCUCUCACCGUUUUCUCGCUCUUUGUUACCACCCUCGCAGAAAUUCGCCAAGCUUCUCUCGCAAUCAUCCUCCGGAAACCAAAACCCCAGAAUGAGGACUCAAAUAAGCUUAGUGGGUUUUCCACUUUGCUUCGUUUGCUUUUGUCUUUUGGAAUCUUUGUUGUUGCUUAUGAGAGGCUCGGUGCUGUUGGGUCCUUGUCACUUCUCGGAUUAGGAUUCGUUUUCAGUUCCAAGAAUGUGGCUUUCAGUUUCUAUCCCUUUGGUGCGUCUUUCACCAGAGGGAUAUUCAGGAGGUUGAAAACUAUCGUUGCUGUUGGGUUGAUUGUUGGCAUGAUUGUUGGGUUCUUGAGUGGGGUGAUUUUCUUCUCUUAUAAGAUUGGUGGCGAAGGGAAGGAGGCAGUGAUUUCGCUGAAAUUGCGACUGGAAGAGAACAAUUAUGCUGAGAGAAUCGGUGUGAAGAAGUGGAUGGAGGAGAAUGAUAUUGCUGGAACGGUGGAUAAGUACACUAGUCAGUUUUAUGAGACGGUUUCUGAUCAGAUUGAUGGGUUGGCAAUGCAGUACAAUAUGACUGAAUUUGUGACGGUUGUUAAGCAGUUUGUGAUAACUGUUCCUGCUAGUGUUAACACUUCCAAGCCUUCAAUGGUUUCAUUAUCGGAGACUUCACCACUCGUGGAAAGGGUCUUGAGUUUGAAGAGUAGGGUUAAGAAUAGGGAGUGGGGAGAGAUUUAUGCAGAACUUGAUACCCUUUUGCGAGAACUUAUAAUCACUAGAGAGGAUUUGGUUGAGAGGGCAAAAGGGUAUGCAGUUAAAGGAAUGGAUGUUGGUCAACGCGUUUUGGCUGGUGGUACAAGUGUGCUUGGAAGUGGUGCAAAGUUUGUGUUUUCCAUUUUGAAUUCCAUAGUCUCUGGUGCUGCGGAGGUUUUCAAUUUUGUGUCUCAGACAAUGGUGUUUUUCUGGGUUUUGUAUUACCUCAUAACAUCUGAGUCGGGUGGAGUAACAAAACAAGUGAUGCACAUGGUUCCAAUUUCCAACUCAGCUAAGGUUAGAUGCGUUGAAGUGUUGGAUAAGGCAAUUUCAGGAGUCCUUUUGGCCACUGCUGAGAUUUCAUUCUUCCAAGGAUGCCUGACUUGGCUUUUGUUUAGGUUAUACAGAAUACAUUUCUUGUAUGUGUCAACAAUCCUUGCCUUCAUUAGCCCUUUGCUUCCAAUAUUUCCGUCUUGGCUUGCAACAAUUCCGGCAGCACUACAGCUAGUUCUAGAAGGCAGAUACAUUGUGGCCAUUUUCUUGUCUGUCACUCACCUUUUCCUCAUGGACUAUGGGACAACUGAAAUUCUGGAAGAUGUGCCUGGACACAGUGCAUAUCUUACUGGAAUGAGCAUCAUGGGGGGAAUGGCUUUGUUUCCAUCAGCAGUAGAGGGGGCUAUUAUGGGGCCAUUAAUAACUACAGUCAUGAUUGCUCUGAAGGAUUUAUAUGCCGAAUUUGUUUUGGGGGAGCGUGAUGAUAAGGUAAAGCAGAAGGCAAAUUAG